AGUAUUAAUAAAAACCUUUGCCUUUUCUCUCUCUCUCUAGACGUGUGAGUGUGAGUGUGUGCACCUCGAUGGUUACGCUCAAGCCUGAGUUAAAUGGCUCACAUUUUCUUCUAUUUCUUCUUUUCCAUUUUUUAUGGCUUUCCAUUUGUCUCUGCAAAUUACCCACUUCUAUCCCUCAAAAUGUAUUAGAUCAGGGAACAGGAAACAGAAUUCAGCUCUAUCUUCAAGCUGUAGAUCAAAGGAACAAAAAAAGUGUAGGCUUGUAAGAAAUAAUGUCUUGUUUGAGUUGGUUAGAUGUCACAAGCAGUUUUCAUCUCCAGCUACUGCUUAUUAUGCUGAAACCAAUAGUGAGAGUUGUGAUCCAGAGGCUGAGGCUGAAACUCAGUGUGGUGGUGAAAUCGAAUUUAAUCGGGUUGACUGUCUUGUGUGGGUAUUACAUGAAUCAGCUAGAAGCUUCUCCCUUGCAGUUGAAUCCCUCAAAUUGACUGGAACUGGCCCUGAGCUUGCCAUGGCCUGGGUUGGUAAGGAUGUACACGAAUGGCAUAAGCGGAUUUCUUAUCUGGUUGCUAUUUAUGCUCUGUUGAAGACAGCAAUUGAAGUAGAAGUUCUUCUCUCCCAGGAACGCCGUUGUAACCUUUCCCCUGUAAAAGAAAUCUUGACACCAAAGAUUGAUUUGAUUUGCGAGUACAUCGAAAAUCAAUUGAAUGCCAGGCAUUCUGAACUCGGAGAAUGGUUUAGGGACGUUGAACUGCCGCAUGUAACAGCAUUUUUCAUCCCUUUGUUAAAAAAGUGGUCCAUGGAGUAUGCUGGAAGUGGUGUCGCAGGGAUGGUUGUGGCUAUCAGCUGCUGUACUGCAGUGGGGAAAUUGGGUCCUAGGCGUGUCUCUUGUCCUUCGUCUACGUUUUCUGUUGAGGAUGUAAUGGUUGAGCUCAUGGAUCUUGCACACAGCUUUGUAUCCGUGGAAAAAUUGCAUCAAUUAGCUACUGAGGCAGGGUUUGAGUUAGAUUUCUUGUCCCAUUUUGGUAAAAAGGUCUUUCCAAGUAAGAAAAGUGAAGAGCUAGAAUUUUGGAUUGGAUUGGCUCAGAAGAAACUCUCAGUUGCAUUCCACGAAGUAACCGUUAUUUCAACAGGGACAUUCCCUGACAAGGUUCAAGCAGAUACUUUGGCUACUUUAGGACUUUUUGCAUAUCUUGGAGGGAGGACUAGAUUAUUCUUAUCAAGAAUGGGUAUAAAGGAUCUUGAUGAGCCAGUUAAGGACUUGCUCAGCUACUUGGAGUGCGGUAGCAUAUUUAUAUAUCCAGAAUUUUCUAACAUAUCCAUGUAUCAGUCCUUCAUGGAGGUAGUUACUGAUGAAAUUGGGUGGCUUGAUUUUUAUGCUCCAUUUCCUUCAGUAAGCAGUCAAGAGAGACGAAGAUCCAAGCAACAUGUCCUCCAAGCAGAAAAAGAGAUUGUUCUGUCCACAGUUUUUGCUGCGUGCUAUGAUGUUUACUCAGGAUUUGCUCACUUCACUCGUUCAACUCAACAGCUCUUGGACUCUGAUUUGUUAUCAUUCUUGUUGCAGAGUCAGGCCCUGUUAGCCUUUUGUUUGGAAGACUACUGGGCUGUUUAUGGUAAAUCAAGUGAAUUUCUAAGAACUAUAGAAAGUAGUGUUUAUGAUCCUGCACUCCCAUCAAUGAAAGCCAUUGGUACAACCAAGACUUCUCUAACCAUGGAUUCUCGACAAAUCCAUAGUAACUUAGUUGCGAACGGGCGUCCAAAUGAAGAGACUUUGCAUGGUGUUAGACUAACAAAGGGUACUUGCUCACCAGGAUCCGAAACAUCAAAUUCUACAGAGGAGAAUACUGUGAAACCAAGUCCUAUUCAUAAGAGUUUAAUAAAAAAGUACAGCACCAAGUUGGCAUCUGCUAGCUCUGAUAUAUGGAUGGGCACUCGCUUGCUGUUUGUAGACAUUAAGAGUGUUUUGGAGCUGUUGUUCAAACAAUUGAGCGGAUACAAGAUUACAAGGAGAGAGAACAAUAAAUUGAAAAGAACGCUUAAUGACAUGGCCUCACUUGUACCAAUUACAAUUCUAAUGCUACUUCCAGUAUCAGCUGUAGGUCACGCUGCCAUGCUAGCAGCAAUCAAAAAGUACAUGCCAUCCUUGAUCCCUUCACCUUAUUCUUCGGAGAGACUGGAUGUUGUGAAACAACUAAAGAGAACUAAGAAGAUGGAAGUAAGGAUAAGAAGCAACCCUGAUGAUCCUUCCUCCAAGAUAUCAUAAGAUAACAACUGUUUCAGGCUGAUUUUGAACGUUUAACACAGCUUCCAUUUUGACAAGCUGAUUAUGCUUUCUAUUACUUUGUGCAUUAUGCCCCUUUUGAAAGGGGUUUACAUAUGUGCGUGGUUUUACUAGCACAUGGGACAUUUUCUCAAAACAAGAACAAAUAAUAUCAACUUUCUAGGUUGGUCUAAAGGUUGAAGGCCCGUUCUCGAAACCAUUUCCGGUUGAUGUUUGGAAAUUAAAGAGGUCAGGCGGGUGGAAGAUGUACAAGUUAUUUUGGCUAAUGCCUCUAUAUGUUGCUAUAUUCAAUCUGUUAAAGAACUGAUUUAUAAUUUCAAACCCUUUGUAAAAAUAAACAAAUAAAUAAAUGAAGAGUGGCAUUUGACGAUU